GCUCCCCGACUGAACAGAACACAACUGGGGAUAUGCUGUACUAGAGAGAAUUAUGGUGGUUAGGAUACAUGUAGUGUUUGAGAUUGCAGGAAAACGGCAAUAUAUUGGUACAGGCAUCUUGUAUAAUCCAACCAGCUAUGUCAAAAGAUUCAGAGGAAAACGGGAAAGUGAGAAUAUAGCUUUAGCCAUUAUGUGUAUGAAGUUAUGCAAACUUUGUAAAGAACACUGAAAGAUACUAAGUUGGGAAGAGUCCCGGAUUUAGAUUCAAAGUGGUGUGAAAAGACAUCCUCUGGGUUUGGGAAUGGUGACCAAACAGAUGGAAACUGCUGAAGAAAGAAAAUUCAUCAUGAGUAAACUGAUGGUUUAAUGGACAUUUGGACUUUGAUAAGUAUAUGUGGCAAACGGUCAAUACUAAAAGCACAGAAUUAAGGUUUACCAACAGAUGUCCGACAGUCCCUGUAAUUGCUUUGAGGAAGAUACAUUAAUGAUAUACGUUAAUGUUUUAAAGUACAUACACUGGUUCUGAGGAUUAUCAUAGUGUAGCUCCUGUAGGCAAUGGUACAUCAGCCCAACAGUAGCUAAGGGGGGACUGUAAGCUGAUGAAAGAAUGCAGCUGAGACACCGCCCCACCCUGGUUUCCGUGUAAGAGAGACUUUGUUGAAAGAGACAACCAUCAUGACCUGGACUGUUGCCACCUGGUGGGGGGUGACGCAGCCAUAGUAGCAAAGUCAGGGCGGCCACAUGGCAGGAGAAGGCUGCAUCGUGUGAAGGACGGAGACAGCCACCAUUAUCUACCGGGACGGAUAGAGGAAAACUCCUCUGAGACACAGAGAGGAAAAGACUCUGUUUAAUAGACUCAGAGACUCUGAGGCAAAGGAGAAGGGCAGAUCAACAACAGUCGCCAUUCUCUCCUGGAGGAAGGUUGAACAUUGGAAAAUAAAUCCAAUCCACAAGACUUUUGUUGGCUGUUUGUUCGAUCCACUUGUUUCUUUGAUAAAAGCUGAGCCCUAAACAUGGACCAGCCUGUGACACGCAGACAAAUUAUAGAUAAUUGGAGGAAAUGAUGCUGCAACAUCACAGAGAAAGACAGGUUCAAUUGUCUAAACAGCUGGCUGAGAUAAGCAAAGUCAUAGGAGAAGAGGGUGCAACGUGUAAGAGAGUGGAGAAGACUAAAGGGAGAAAAAGUCAAGAAGGGUUCUUCAGUGUGCACUCCCACUACAAUCCAAGCACUGCAUGUCAGUCACAGAAAAGGCUCAUUGAGUCCAGGCAAUUGCGCAAAUCGCCUAAGAAGCUAAAGAAGCACAUGGCAGAUCAGUUCUUUCCCAGAAUGAGCACAAUUCAUCUGGACCUGUACCAAUGCGAGAAGAGGGAAGAUAAAUGCACCAAUCCUGAAAAGCUAAUGAGUCAGCUGAAAGUUUGCAUUAUUAACAAAUCCCAGGCUGUACAAGAGGUUCAGGACCCAUCUAGAUUGAAGCCACUUGGCCUUCAGAUUCUCCAGGCAAAUCCUGUUGUGGUUGAGGGUGUGUCUGUUCACUACAGUGAGACAUCCAGAGUGAAAAGGCAAAUGCACAGUGAACAGCUGGGCCAGGAUGGUCAGAGGAAGAGAACUUUGGAACCGAUAGAUAGUCGCCUGGAAAACUCAAAAAACGCUGCCCUGAAGAGCUGGAUGUUUCAGAAGAAUGCUCUUAUCAGAAAAGAGAGCGCAGUGAAGAUGAGGCAGAGGCAGCAGAAAGCUGAGGAACUGAAGAGACGAGAGAGCGAUAUGAAAAGGAAGCAGAAAGAGUCAGAGGAAAAAGUGAAAAAGUGGAUGGAGAGAAAAAGAAAAGAAGGAAAAAAAGAAAAGAUAGCAGUGAAAGUGGCUACAGUCCCAAGAAUAUUGAGUGUUGAUGUUCAGAUUAUCAGCCGGAAUAUUAAGAGGUUGACUCCUGCAUCAAGAGCAGACAGGAAAUCCAUCAUUCAGAACUCAUCAAGAGCCUGGAAGACUGACCAACAAGUAAAUCAGAAAAGGCUGGAGAGACAGAGCUGGGGAAGUUUUGUCCCAGAUCCAGGCAAUCCAAGAACCAAGGUGUCUUCACAACUUUCCACUGGUUCAUUCUGGGAGCAAGUUGUGAAUGCAGAGCCUGGUGAUUGGGUGACUCAGAAGCCCAGCAGAGAGAAGACGAAGAUGGCUGGGGCAAUGGGUCAAGAAAUUGAGGAAAAUACAGGGUUUGAACCUACAGGUCAAAAUUCAAUUGCAAGAUCCUUAGGCAGCACAGCUCAGGUGAAAUACCUACCCAAUGCCAGCCUCGACAAAAGUGUACAGCCUGUACACAGACUGUCCUUCAACCAGUGGCUGUCAAGAAAAUCACAGAAAAAAACCCUGAUGGUCAAUGGAGAGGAGGUGGAAUCAGACAGAGGUUUUCAAGAUUUUCUCCCGAAACUUGCAAGAAAGAGAACAGAAAGCAUAAUGGAUAGGAAAAAGAAGGCAGAUGCAGUGUUAGAGUUUGACCGAGUAGCUAACCUAAUGACAGCCCCUGAGUGCACAACAAUCCCCCAGACCUCACACUGGGUAGGUAGCGCCAGACUAACUCCAGCGGUACAGAAACAUUUCAUGUACAGGUUAGUUGAGGAUGCAGUUACAGGUGCAGGUGGUGAUUCAUUGGUACAAGGGAGGGAACGUGGCCCUGGGCAGCCACAGAAGGCCCCUACAGCUCUGUGUGCAAAGUCCGCAGCUGGGGAAAGCCCCACUGGCUUUGUCCUCAAGUACAAAAGACAUUUGCGAAGACCAGAUCCACCGGGCAGGGAAAACCACCCAACUAAUUGACCGCAAAAGAUGGGCUUCCCCAUCCAUGUACACAGCGCACUUUGACUGAGCCAAGUCCGGGGUGGGGGUUGGGGGGAGCAACAAAUGCAUUGGAUUCAUAUUUUAUGGGAAUACUGAUGCAGCAGAGCAGUGAAAGCAAUGUCAAUCUCCACAAUAAAGGAAAUUACUGUCCAUUCUUUCCAUCCUGCUUGGAUCUGGAUGGGCUGAUGUAGCUGGGAGGGGAGUAUUGUUGCUCCAUUCCAGAAUAUUUUGAUUGCAGACAUUGACCAAUACCCCAAUCAGUGUUCAGGCACC